AUGGCUUCUAAGCAGCUCAUCCUAACGGCCGUGUUGCUCAUCGUCCUUGCCGUCAUCUCCGUUGCGGUGGAAGCAGACUACGACGAGUACUGUCGCGUGGGAAAGUCGAUCCCUUACAACCCUCUCCCGGGUUGUCGAGAAUACAUCACGCGCCGGUGCGGCGCCAGGGGCGGGCAAUUGGUGUCGGAUCAGCUCAAGCAGCGGUGUUGUCGGGAGCUGAGCAACCUACCGCAGAACUGCCGGUGCGACGCGCUGAGCAUCCUGGCGCACGGGGUGAUCACGGAGGAGGGCGUUACGGUCAGCGGGAUGCAGGCGGUGCCGGGUUGUGACAGGGAGAGGAUCCCUUUCAUGGCGUCCAGCCUCACGGCAUACAGGGAGUGCAAUCUGCAGAAUCCAGUUGGGCCAGGGAUGGACUGCGUGCUCUUCCGUGGUGGCAUCAGUUAA